AUUGCCUCCCCCCACCAGAAUAAAGUCGACUGCACAUCUACAACCUACCACUCUCGGCACCCGCGUCUCCUGCCCUGUCAACUCCAUCAACUUCAGCCCCCCCCAAAAGCAGCCCGGGAAUUUCUAUCAUCCCCCUCUCGCAUCUUCACUCCAUCCCUCUCACCCACGAGAAAGACGAGUUGAACGCACACCAUGGCUGAGCCUAUUCGCAACAAGCGCCUCGACCCGGCCACUGCGCCUACGCCGCAGAACACCCCUCUUCAGAAUGCGCCCAUCUCGUCGCAUGCCCAGCAGCCUGGCGUUGCCAGCAUUAAGGAGGAGGACUUCGAUCGCGCCGCCGCCGCUUCCAUUUUCGCCCAGAACCCCAAACUCGUUCAGAUGAUUCAGGGAAGACUCGGUUCUCUCGUCGGCCGAUCCUCCGGCUACGUCGAAUCGUUGCCCCCUCAGGUGCGCCGUCGUGUUGCCGGCCUGAAGGGUAUCCAGAAGGAGCACUCCAAGCUCGAGGCCGAGUUUCAGGAGGAGGUUCUCCAGCUCGAGAAGAAGUACUUCGCCAAAUUCACCCCUCUCUACGAGAAGCGUGCCAAGAUUGUCAAUGGAGGCUCUGAGCCGUCCGAGGAGGAGAUCAAGGCCGGCGAGGAGGAGGAUGAAGAGGAUGACGAGAUUGAGGAGGCUGAGAAGGACGAGAAGGCCGAUAAGCCCGCCGAGUCGUCUGAGCCUGUCUCUGGUAUCCCCGAGUUCUGGCUGUCCGCCAUGAAGAACCAAAUCUCCCUUGCCGAGAUGAUUACCGACCGCGACGAGGCCGCACUCAAGCACCUUGUCGAUAUUCGCAUGGAAUAUCUUGAUAAGCCUGGUUUCCGCCUCAUCUUUGAGUUCGCCGAGAACGAGUUCUUCGCCAACAAGACCAUCACCAAGACCUACUUCUACCAGAACGAGAGCGGUUAUGGCGGCGACUUCAUCUACGACCACGCCGAGGGUGACAAGAUUGAGUGGAAGGAGGGCAAGGAUCUCACGGUCAGAGUUGAGAGCAAGAAGCAGAGAAACAAGAACACCAAGCAGACCCGUAUCGUCAAAAAGACGGUACCCACUGAGUCUUUCUUCAACUUCUUCUCCCCGCCUCAAGCCCCUACCGAUGAGGACGAUGACGCUGCCUCCGACAUUGAGGAGCGUCUCGAGCUCGACUACCAGCUUGGCGAGGACAUCAAAGAAAAGCUUAUUCCGCGUGCGAUCGACUGGUUCACUGGUGAGGCAUUGGCCUUUGAGGAGCUGGAUGACGAUGACCUGGAGGGUGACUACGACGACGAGGACGACGAGGACGAGGAUGAUCUCAGCGAGGGUGGUGAUGAUGACGAGGAAUCUGAGGACGAUGAUGACACCGGCAAGCCCAAGCAGGAGGCGGCCGAGUGCAAGCAGAGCUGAGCGACGCAAGCACAGUUCGGUUUAUUGCUAGGUCUUCAUGGUCAUGACAAUCUGGGUCGGGAAAAAUGUGAUGGUCCGGCAAUGGCUCUCUCGCGCCGACAGGGGCGCGGUGGUGGCUACGUUACACUUUGCACAAGGCCCAGCAUCCCGCGUUGAGGAACGGGCCAAGCAGAGCAGCGCCCGAUGGAUGGGGCUCCUGCUUGAUAGAUGGUAAUUGAUAUUUCGGUCCCAGACCCUUUUUUCUUUUCUUUUUUUGUUGGACGAAACGACUGCUCACGUCCUGGCCAUGAAUGAUGCUGUACGUUGCUGCUAAAACGGGGAUUCCGUAGACUGGAUGUUUUGAGUUCCUUUCCAUGUA